AUGGCCACAGUAGUGGACGAGCAGGUGAUGGUUGAGGUGGUGGUGCCCGAGAUAGAGGUGAACACCAGUGGCAUUGACCACAGCUAUUGUGUCAGUGAUAAUGAAGAGUACAAACAACUGUUGCAUAAAUACAAUGUCUUGAGGUAUGACUUCUUGGAGUGUCAGUCGCUGUUGGACUCCAUUGAAGACAAACUCAUGGCUUUCAUCAAUGAAUGCAUUUGUGACUCAAUCAUCAAAACCGUUCAGAAGGAAGACAUCUUCAAACUGUUGGACAAAUUGCAUGCAAUCAAGAGGAAGGGUACGCACGAAGACAUACAUCCAAUCGGUGGUCACACUGUGGACACUAACCGCAAGACGUGUGAUACAAAUGAAUGCAAAGCCGAAGAUACUAAUGAAGACAGUGUCGAGAGUUGUGGUCAAACCUCGCCGUUGAUGGUACUGAACGCCAAGCAAACAUUGGUUCCCAUAAUCGGUGACCAAACGACUCGUUUAGUGAUAAUCGGGUCAAACGAGUCGACAACAGCCACGGCAUCAACUGAUGCCAAGAGUGUGACCACUGGACGUGUUUUAGACCAAUACCUAAAUAACGUGAACUAUAGCUACGAUUAUAUGCCGGGAGUCCCCAAACAGUUCCCGUGUCGUGAAUGCGGGCGAGUCUUCGCGUCCGGCAAACAACGGAAUAAUCACCAGAGGACUCAUCAAAAGCGUGAACAGCAUUACAUCCAUUGCCAGCACCUGUACUGCAAGAAGCGGUUCAUAUCGCCGGACGCCUUCAAGAAGCAUAUGGACAAACAUCUGGGCAUUGAGUCGACGGACAGCGGCAGUGGUGGCGCCCAAGCGGGCACUCCCGGCACUCCCGGCCCUCAAGAGGAGAGUUACUUCAAGCGUAAGAACAAGAAUAAGGAAUACCAGUGCGAAUGGCAUGACUGCGACCAGUGGUUCGCGUUGCCAUCGCUGCGCAAACAGCACUACAAUGCGGUGCACCUGAAGAUCGCGCGCCACAACUGUAUGAUCCCCGGCUGUAGCGCGCAGUUCGUCAAGAAGUACGACCUGGAGGUGCAUAUAGGCGUCGACCACGGCUUCAAGUUUUACAAAUGCUCGUGGAGUGGCUGUUCGCGACAGUUCUGGUCGCGUACACUACUGGCCAGACAUCACGCGCUGAUGCACCUGAAGAUCAAGAAAUUCAAAUGCGAUGAAUGCGACCAAUGCUUCUCCAACGGCGCCAAACUGGCGGCCCAUAAGUGCAGAGAACACAACGCCCUCAAGAGGUUUGCCUGCGAUUGGAGUGACUGUCACUUCUCGACGAAUGUCAACAAAUGUCUGGUCGAGCACAAGCGCACCCACACUGGCGAACGGCCCCAUCAGUGCCUGUGGCCC